CCUAAAAUUAAGCAAGGCUUCGCCACAUUUAGGAUAUUUAGCCUAUGAUUUUAGUUGUCUAUUUUCCAUCUUUUCUAUUUUCCUUUGAAAGGGUUUUUGAUGACACGGAAGUGUACGGUACGUAAUUGUUAUUCUGGAUAUAGAAUCACACGGCAUCGGAGAGGAAGUGACAAGAGAAAGGGAAAGGUAUCGGUAUUUAGCUUUCCACGCGAAUGUGCAUUGCGAAAGAAGUGGCUGGAAGCAAUCAGACGAGGUGUAAAAGAAUCAUACCCUAAAAGUGGUGGGGUUUGUGAGCUCCACUUUUCCAGUGAUGACUUUUGUGUCACUGCCACGACAAGAAGAACCGACCGUCAGCGACGGCGCCUCAAGCCAACCGCAGUUCCAACAGUGCUCCCACCCCGGGACAAGAAUGAGAGCGGACAGGAGACUCCACGACCCACUAUACGCGCGACUCCAACAGCACGAAUGCUGCUGCAAAGAGAACUGUGGGAGGAACAAGCCGCAUCCAUGCUUCGUUCCGAGAACGUGGCAUCUCUUACCGACAUGGUGAGAAAGCUCUCUACGGUGGACCUGCCGACUGGGUACCGGCUCGUACAGAUGCAUGUUCCUGAACUUCAGGAGGACAUUGUGACGAUCAGAAUGGAGGCAUUUGACACAGAUCAAGGUAUUCCAGUCAUCGUACGAAACCUGACGAUCUACAGUGAUCUUCGUUUCCGUUUGUACGCAGCCGGGAACGAGUGGCCUACUCUCAGGGCAGCUGAUCUGACAAGCGUUCCCGGGAGCUUCGAAACGACGACUGAGGUCCUGAACGUGCUGGCGUUCCUCAAGGCACAGUCUUUGAAAGAUGGCAACGUGAUGACUGCACUGCAUUUUCUGCAGAAAAUCAGCACGGACGAUGCAGCUGGAUCAUGCGGUACUUUUGGGGAGUUCGCCGCUGAACAGCUGCAACUCCGACUCAGUCCAGCAAAAAGGAGGAGGUACAGCACGACACUCAUGUCCACUGCAGUGGUGUGGAGCCGAACGAGUCCCCGACUGUAUGAAGACAUGCGCAGCUCGGGUCUUCUGGUCCUGCCACACAGAGUCACUCUCCGGAGACUUACGUCAGCACUAAGCGUGCAAGAGGGACAGGAGAUCGGGACCAUCAAGUAUUUGGAGAUGCGGGUCGCCAAGUUGUCUCCAAGAGAACGGCUGGUAAAUCUGGCCAUGGACGAGGUUUACUGUGCCACAGCACUCGAUCUGGCGGGAGGAAGACUGCAUUGGGAGAGCAGCGGAGAAGCAACAGCUGUCGCCAGUACCUUGUUCUGCACCCACAUUUCGUCGGUUGCCGGGAACUACGAGGACUUGGUAACCAUGUCGCCAGUCACCCACGUCACAACCCAAGAAAUGAAGAGAAUCUUCUUCCAAGUCCUGCGAUGUCUCACCCAUCUUGGGUACCGUGUAGUGUCCGUUACAACUGACGAACACAGAACAAACCAAGCCUUCCAUCGAGCGCUUGGAGAAGAUGGUAGGCAUCAGGAGUAUAUCCUGAAUCCCUGGAGUCCACACAGUGAUGACAGGAUAUACACCAUGUACGACUCAGUCCACUUGUUCAAAAACAUGUACUUCAACCUCCUGAACAAAAAACAACUGCACUGUCCGCCACUCGAUGCAGGUGGGCCUCCUCUGGAUGUUCACCUCAGCCACCUGGAAAAGGUACACUCCAUCGAGUACAGCUCUGAUGCCAAGAUGGCAUACCGACUCACGGAUAAGGUGCUCCAUCCAACAAGCAUAGAGCGCGUGAACGUGCAGCUCGCCGUAGCAGCCACUCACGAGACAACCAUCGCUGCGCUCCGCUACUAUGGGCAACAUGCAGAGUACGGCUCCUUAAACGGUACAGCAGAGUUCCUGCACCAAGUUCGGAGGUGGUUCGACAUCGUCAACGUGAAGUCCCCUGGGAAGCAUGUUCGUCGCAACGACUCGACUCUGCAGCCUAUUUCCACUGGAGAUGAAGAAGGGCUGGCAUACAUCGAGAAGUUCGGAAAGAUGAUGCUGCGCUGGGAAGCCCAGGGAAACAAGAAGACGCAAAUGUCGCUCGACACGAUACGUGGAGUGGCAGCAACCUGUCGAGGGCUGGUCGGGCUGGCCAAGUAUCUGCUCAGACAGUGUGAUCUCGAGUAUGUCCUGCUUGGCAAGAUUCAAUCCGACCGGCUAGAAGGUCACUUCGGCCAUCUCCGGAAACUGGCCGGAGGCAACUUCUGGGCGAGCUCUCGUCAAUUUUUUGAAGGACAGGCUAUCGUCCGCGUAAAAAGCCUAAUUUGGCUCUCAGGCUAUGGUCUGAGCACAGUGACGGCUGGCAUGCACCCUGUCUCUCAGCAGCGCCUGGAAAACGACCAGCGAGCCGUCACUGAGAUCACCGAGUAUGCCGCUGCUGCCUCUUCUGAUGACCCAGCCCAAGACGUCCCAGAAGGGACACAGCAGGCUCUGCACCACAUAGCAGGCUAUUUAGCCCACUCAGUCAAGAAGAUUCACAAAUGUGAUGAGUGUCGCGCGCUACUCUCUGACGGGCUAAGGGCGCAACUGGUAACCGUGGUGGCAGAGAAUGCUGAAGAAAAGCUGGUGGCUGCUAGCUUCACCGACCUCCUCAACCGUGGAAAGCUCCUGCAACCGAGUGAACUGUGCCUGCGAGUCGUCAUGGAGGUCUGCCAGCUCUACAGACUUCUGGUGAAUUCACAGUCAGAGACUCGCACCAUCCUCUUUGGCAGUUCAAGUCCCAAGAAUGUGUUCAGAUCUGUGGUUCAGAACAUGCUCGGCGAUGACGAAGAACUGAAGGAAGUGGCUUGUGGAAGGGGGCACAAGUUUACCAGCAAUAUCCUCGCCACCAUGGCCGGAGCGCUGUUUAACGUGUUCGUGUCUAACCACGUGAAGGAUGUGAACAGCCAAGUGCAUAGCAAGAAACGAAAGGGGCCGCCGACGCGCACCAGUGGGCGCGGUGUGGACUCGGACAAGAUCCGCAAACCAACGGGCGCGAGCUGAGUUCAUGCCUGUUCAAGAACAUGUAGCAUGCACCCUGUAUCUCAUCAACGCCUGGAAAACGACCAGCGAGCCGUCACAGAGAUCACAGAGCAUGCUGUUGCUGCCUCUUCUGACGAGCCGACCCAAGACGUCCCAGGAGAAUCGGCCCAAGGGCUGGGAUAGUGGACCAAAUCGGUGUUUGUGCCCAUGCUGGCCGUUGGGAAUCGUUACGAAUACAUACGUGU